AUCACAUCUUACUUUUACCCAUCACAUCAGGGGCAAAAUUGGAAAUCAUAUAUAAUUUAACACUUCCUUAUUUUUGCCCCAAAUCCAAAUGGGAAGUGUUUUUCUAAACGGAUGGAGUAUAAAACUAUUCUCAGUUUCUCACCUCUGCACAAAUGUUAACGAUGACUCUCAGUACUGCUCCCACUGUCCCAUUUUGAAGCUCUGUAGCAAUGGUUGUAAAGGGAAAAAAAUCAUAUCAAGAAUAAGAGAAUCACGCAGAAUUUCUGCAUAUGGAAAUUUGUCCUAUAGCGAAGAACAAAUCCAGUUGGAGAAAGAAGGCGAAUAUUUUACUGAAGGGUUCCGUGAAUCAAUCGAAGAAGUGAUAAGCCAGAGAGAGAGACGCGUGUAAGAAUAGAGAGCAUUGACUUGUGAGAUACCAUGAAAACAAAGGCAGCUAUCUCCUCUGCAUCUAAUACUAUUCAGGAGCCUAAGUUCAAUGAUAACUAUAUAUAUAUAUAUGAGUAAAUUACUCAAAUAGGA